AGUUUCCAAAGAGUCGACCAGGUGUUCGGCUGUUUCUUUCUCCAGUUUGGGGGACCGAGUCGCCUUUAUUUGUCGAUAUUUCGAUCUCCCUUCUUUUAACCGAAUCUAAAAUCACGGCAGCAAAGUUGUGCCUUUUUGAAAUCCGACUGCCCGGGCUGAGAUUAGCAUUAUUUGGCGUUCAGUCACCGUCUUUUGUAACUACAUCGUUGGCGUAUCAUCAUCAUGGAAGCUCACUGGAACGCUCUUGUCAUGUUCAUCAGUUUGGCCCUGGCGGAAAGCGAACAAGACGAAACGAUCCAGUGCAUCUGUACGACGAGAAUUUGCCAGGAGAUGGCCGAACCUGUUUGCAUCACUUCCGGCUUGUGUUAUUCGCAAUAUCUCGACCGCCGGGACGGGACCAAUCCCGUCACAAAAGGCUGCGUCAACCUCAAGACGCCACUUUUAUGCGAGAACCGUCCGCCCAAAAGCCCGUCAUCAUUGCGUGUUCGAUGGCCCAUUUUGCUCUGCUGCCGCACUCAAAUGUGCAAUAAAGAGGAUUUGCGGCUGCAACAACUCACCCAAACCGAUCGCACCGGACAAUCUGAAGGAGCUGACGGCCAGGAGACGGGCGAUAACAUCGGAGGAGAAGGCGCCACUCACGUCACGACCGACAAGAGCAACCAGGCCGUAUUGACGUUAAAUAACAACAAUCACGCUCCCAACAAUAACUCACUUUCCAAUCCAACUGUUAUGAUCGUUUUCUGCGUCGGUUUGGUCGUUCUGCUGGCCAUCGGGAUCACGGGGUGCUGCGUUCUCCAGCGGCAGCAAGUCUACUGAUAGUUUCUUUCUUCCAUCGGCCGCUAGAUGUCAGUCUAAACCCAAUUUCUCCUUUUUGGUUUCUUUUUUAAAAAAGAUAAAAAAAUAGAAAUUUCCCCUUUUUCUUUUCUUUUCUUUCUUUUUAUUUAAUCAAAUGUGUACACAAGGCAUUCCUUUGCCCAAACAUGUCGACUAAAUAAGGCGGCGAUUCAAUUCCUUUAGUCCCCCAACCCACCCCCCCCUUUGGCUGUAUUAAUGCCGCUUAUCAAUUUCACAGUGAUAAAAAACAAUAAAACAAAAUCAAAAGCAAUAAAGAAAUCUCGAAUUUGACUUCAUUGCCAUUUGAUACAAUAACGAGUUUAAGAAGAAGAACGCAACCCAAAAGAAACCUUCGAACAAUUAAAUCCGUUCAAUUAGCGACACGCAAUUCGUUUAAAUAAAAA